CGCACACCGGCCUGGGGCAGUUGGCGGAUGCGGUUGCGGACUGUGGCAGGGCGCGAGCGCUGGACCCCGCCUACUACAAGGCUAGCGUGCGGCUCGCAUCGUUGAUGAUGGAGCUACGGCGGCCUGAGAACGCGCAGGGGCUGCUAGAACCCCUGGUCAAGGCGGGAGCGCAAUCGGGCGGGGCGGGGCCAGGGCCGGAGGAGCUGGCGGCGCUCAAGGAGCGUCUGUCGGAGGCUCGUGCUGCCGUGUCCUGGCAGAAGACCCCGCACCACUACAAGCUGCUGGGCCUCACCAACACCUGCAACGAGGACGAUGUGCGCAAGGCCUACCGCCGCCUGGCUCUGAAGCACCACCCGGACAAGGCCAUGUCGGCGGUCAAGGUGGCGCUCGCGGUGCCGGGGGCGGCGGGCGCAGCGCCGUACGGUGGGCCGCUGGCGGGGGGCAGCGAGCUGGAGACACGGGUGCGGGAGGAGGCGGCCUGGCUGUUCAACUUUAUCAACCAGG